UCUCUCCCUCUCUCUGUCUCUCACAUUCUCUCGCUUGCCCUGCAAGGCUGAAGGCGAAUACGGCAGGAUGUCCAUAGUGAAUAUUGUGGCCAGGGAGAUCCUCGACUCCAGAGGAAACCCCACUGUGGAGGUGGACCUGCACACUGAGAAAGGUGUGUUCAGGGCAGCAGUUCCCAGUGGAGCAUCCACAGGUAUCUAUGAGGCUCUUGAACUCAGAGAUGGGGACGCCAGUCGAUACAAAGGAAAAGGUGUGCUCAAGGCCGUGUCUAAUAUCAAUGACAUCAUCCGCCCAGCUCUUCUCCAGUCUGGGAUCAGUGUUGUGGAGCAGGAAAAGCUGGAUAACAUGAUGCUUGAGAUGGAUGGCACCGAAAACAAGUCUCAGUUUGGUGCCAAUGCAAUUCUGGGCGUUUCUCUCGCCAUAUGCAAGGCCGGAGCGGCAGAGAAAGGCGUUCCCCUGUACCGCCAUAUUGCUGACCUGGCAGGCAACACAGAGCUGGUGCUGCCGGUUCCUGCUUUCAACGUGAUCAACGGCGGAUCUCACGCUGGGAACAAGCUGGCCAUGCAGGAGUUCAUGGUGCUCCCGGUGGGAGCUGAGUCAUUCCGGGAGGCUCUGCGCGUGGGUGCUGAGCUCUACCACACCCUGAGGGGGGUCAUCCGCGACAAGUACGGCCAGGACGCCACCAACGUAGGGGACGAGGGCGGCUUCGCUCCUAAUAUCCUGGAGAACAGCGAAGCUCUGGAGCUGCUGAAAACAGCCAUAGAGAAGGCAGGCUUCACAGACAAAGUGGUGGUGGGGAUGGAUGUUGCUGCUUCAGAGUUUUACCGUGAUGGAAAAUAUGAUCUCGACUUCAAAUCCCCCCCUAACCCUGAUAGACACAUCAGUGCAGAGGAACUGUGUGAGAUUUACCAGAGCUUUGUCAACAAUUACCCAGUCGUGUCCAUAGAGGACCCAUUUGACCAGGAUGACUGGCCUGCCUGGUCACAGCUGACCGCCUCCAUGGGCAUCCAGAUAGUUGGGGACGACCUGACCGUGACCAACCCCCGGAGGAUCGAGAAGGCAGCCGAGGAGAGGGCCUGCAACUGCCUGCUGCUGAAAGUCAACCAGAUCGGCUCGGUCACCGAAGCCAUACAGGCGUGCAAACUGGCCCAGGCAAAUGGCUGGGGAGUGAUGGUCAGCCACCGCUCUGGGGAGACGGAGGACACCUUCAUCGCUGACCUGGUGGUGGGGCUUUGCACUGGACAGAUUAAGACCGGAGCUCCCUGUAGAUCGGAACGCCUGGCCAAAUACAACCAGCUGAUGAGGAUCGAAGAGGAGCUGGGCGAUCAAGCUCGUUUUGCUGGGCACAAUUUCAGAAAUCCCAGUGCCCUCUGAGAAUUGCAUACACAGCGAAAUAUACAGGCACACUGAGCCACUUUGAUAUUCAUGAAGACUGACAGGCACACAUGAACAGAGGCUGGCACAGCCUGAAAAACACACUCACACAACAAAAUCAUAUCGCAAUUAAAAUCAUAAACAAAAUCAUAUUGCAAAUAACUGGCACUCACUCACAAGGACAGCCUGUCUGAUGCACUGAUUGACUGUUUUAUUGCAUGGUUGAUGAACACUAAAAGACUGACUGCUUCACUAUAAAACAGAGAAAAAGAAUCACAAACAGUGUGUAGCACAGUCUCGCGCUAAAUUUGUGACAGAAUUGCACUUCCUCUCUUGUCUGCCUCUCUCCUCUAUGCUUGCUCUGUAUUUCUUUCUAAUUACUCCCAUAUUUUUUCUGUCUCUGAAGCGUUCAUGGUUCCUGUACUGGUCUGAUCUUUCCUUCUAACCAGUCUUUUCCCCAUCCUGCAUUCCCUGUCCCUCUUUCCUAAUGUUCGCUGAAUUAAUGAAUUAAAAUUGAAUGCAUUAUAGAUAUAUUCAAUACAAUAAAAAGAGAACUAUUUAUGAUGGUUAAGUAAACCACA